UGAAGUAGGAUGAAAAGAUUCAAAGUGGCUACUCUUCUCUUUGUGAACCACUCACCUCCAAAUCAUGAAAUUAUCACACUUCCAACACAACUCAACCUUUGUAAUAAACCUUCAAAAGAACCUGUAAUGUAAACCAAACCCUUUUCUCCUUCAUUCAACCUUUCAAAUGACAUCCAUGAUUUCAAUCUGUCUUUCUUCAACUCCCAAAUCCCGCCAUUUUUCUCUCUCCAGAAACUUCUCAAUCAAUCCCAUUUCUUCAUCUUCUUCUUCCGCCAUUAAUGUCGUAUUCAAGCACCAUCAUCCUUCCUUUCAAAGAUUCAACUUACCAUUGUCAAUUCCUCGUGUUUUGUCGCGCAAUCUGAGGAAGAAUUCUAGGGUUAGAAUUACGACUAUUAGAGCUAGCAGUAGUAGCAUCGAUGUUGCGACGUCGUUUAAGCCGGGGAAAUUGGUGGAGAGCGAUAAACUUCCGUCCGAUGUUCGAAAGCGAGCUAUGGACGCCAUUGAUUCUUCUGGAGGAAGAGUCACUAUUGGUGAUAUUGCUAGCAAAGCUGGCCUUAAAUUGAAUGAAGCUCAGAAAGCUUUGCAAGCACUUGCUGCUGAUACUGAGGGUUUCUUAGAGGUCUCAGAUGAAGGUGAUGUUCUCUAUGUUUUCCCAAAGGAUUAUCGUUCAAGGCUUGUGGGUAAAUCCUUCAGGAUGAAAAUUGAACCCUGGGCUGAUAAGGCAAAGUCUGGAGCUGAAUAUCUUAUAAGGGUUUCAUUUGGGACAACAUUAAUUGCUUCAAUUAUUCUUGUGUUUACAGCAAUUCUUAUAGCGGCCUCAAGUGGAAGUGAAGACGACAGUCGUAAGAGGCGAGGAGGUAGAUCAUUUAGUUCGGGUCCAAAUAUCAGCUUCUUUGUUAACCCAGCAGAUUUAUUUUGGUACACUGAUAUAAAUUACUAUAGGAGAACUCAAAGAAGAGGGAAUAAUGAAGGCAUGAACUUCAUUGAGUCUGUUUUCUCAUUUGUAUUUGGUGAUGGUGAUCCAAACCAAGGAAUUGAAGAAGAGAGGUGGAAGCUGAUAGGACAGUACAUAGCGUCAAAUGGUGGAGUGAUUACAGCUGAAGAACUUGCACCCUAUCUGGAUGUGCUGACAGAAGAAGAGAGUGAUGACUCGUAUAUAUUACCUGUGCUUCUACGGUUUGAUGGUCAGCCAGAAGUAGAUGAAGAGGGAAACAUAUUAUACAGAUUUCCAUCACUUCAGCGAACUGCUUCCUCGGCAAGGACUGGAAGGAGAGAGUAUGUUGGGAAACGAUCAUCAAUUAUGGAUGGUAUACAAAAGUUCUUCAAAGAAAAUAAGUGGCAAUUCAGCAAAACCAGUGCUGCCGAGAGAGCAAUGGUCAUUGGAUUGGGUGGACUGAAUUUGUUUGGUGUGGUUAUUCUUAGUACCAUGCUUAAGGACAUGGCUGUAAAACCUAGUGGAUUCCUCUCAUUAGCUUCGACAUUGUUGCCUGCGCUUCAGGUUUAUGCUGGCUCUUUCUUUGCAAUACCCUUGGUUCGCUGGUUAUUGACUCUCAAGAAAAAUUCUGAAAUAGAAAAACGGAAUCAAGUGAGAAAUCUACGAGCUCGGGCACUUGAAUCACCCGAUCUUUCUCUAAGACGCAAGCUUUUGAGUGCUAGGGACAUGGCACAGAGAACAUUCAUUGGUAAGGAGAGGAUUGUAUACAGCACAGAAAAGGGUCUAGAUGAGCAAGACUAUGAAGAGCGGGAAUGGACCAGAAGAUUUGAAGAACUUGAGAGGUUAGACUGACAAACACGUAGUAACCUGUAAAUGUAUUAUUUUUGCUAGUCCAAGAAGGUGUAGAGUGAUGCAGAUAGUAUAUUUGUAUUUUAGCAAAGGAAAAGAAAGCUUAUUGGUUUGGUUCAGUAUUUGUCGACAUUGGUCAAAACCGAGUCCCAGAAAAUUAGUUGCCUUCAUACUUGUCUUUUGGCUUGGACAUGGUCAGUCUGUACAGUACGGUUUAUACGACUGAAGGCAAUUACUGUGGAACGGUGGUGGGCUGUGUGGAACAUGCUCGAUGAAUUCACUAACAUCGAUGCAAUCUCUCAAGUUUGCAAAAUAAGUUGCUCUAUUAGCAGUAGGAUUGUACAUUUUCAGUGUAUAUGUAAAAGUUGAUGCGCUUUUGGAUAUUCAAUAUAUAUUUAUGUAUUCACUAUUUUUGUUUUUUUGAAACAAUGUAUUCACUAUUUAAGCUGAUUCUUUGGGUGAUUAACUAGAAUAUUCUAGUACUUUCUUUUUUCCCAAAAUAAAAGUUUCAUUUUUUUUUUUUUUUUUUUUAUAAAACUUUGCCUCAAAUAAAAGUCUCAUUUUACCUUUGUCAAUUUCAUUCCCUUUUAUACAAUCAAGCCUGCUUUCAUUUAUUUAUUAUUAUUUUUUUUGUUCACUUUUAAGCUGCCAAUCACACUAUCCAAAUUCU